GGUGUGGCCAGCUGGGGACCAGUCCCAGGACACUUGGGUCAUCAAGGGUCAGGAGACCAGACUCGGGUUCACCAUGGAGUCAGGACUGCGUCAGGCCUGGCUCCAACCAGCUGAGCCAAUGGCCUCCCCUCCCCCCCCCCCCACAGCGCAGAAGUGAGGAAGUCAUCCAAGCCCCACCCUAGCUCUGCGCCUGGAGCGGAAAUGUUUGUCCUCCUUGAGGCUGAUGGGGAGAAGAUACAGCCAUGACGCACGCCUUCCUUUCCUGUGGGCCUGGAUCAUGGAUUCCUGAGCGGCCACCCCCGCAGCCUCUAGGGCUCCCCAUCAGCCAGGCUUCUGCGACUCGCUCACAUCUUUCAGCCAUUCCACGGGAGAAACGGACAGCUGCUCAGCCCUGCAGCAGGAGGUCCCCUUUCUGGCCGGGCCCCUCAAGGGUCCCCGUCGUGGUGCGGCUCCCUUCUUCCCCACUGGCUCAGUGCCCCGCCACGCUCAGCAAGGGCCGGGAGUAACAACAAGGGCCCGGAGUAACAACGCUCUCAGCCCUUAACGCUCUAACACCUAGGAAGCUGCACGGCCCGGCACUGCUUGAUCCACUGGUUCCAAAAACACAGCCCACAGACCCAUGGCUGGCAGGCCUCUGCCCACCAGGUGCCAGGAGGAGGAGAUUGCCAAAGACCCCGGGCCGAAACCGGCGGCAGUGAGGCCCCGGGGCCGCCUGCCCAGCAUCGACGAGGACCGACCCACAGGUGUCGGCCCAGCUUCCCGCCGUGGCUCUGUGCUGGGCCUAGCCACCUCCUUCUCACGCCGCAGCUCGCUGGCUGGGCCAGGCACAGGUCCUGGAGGCCGACGACCAUCCCUGGGCCCACUGCCCCCUCUCGGCUCACGGGUUGGCUUCUCUGGGUUGCCUCUGGCACCUGCCCGGCGCAUGGCACCCUCGCAUCGCAGGGAGCCGGUGCCCGGGGAGCACUGGGAGGUUGCGCAUGCACAGCGGGCCCUGGAGGCGGCGCUGGCGGCCAGGCUGCAAAACACCUGCUACUCCGGCGCCGAGGCCGGGCGGCUGACGAAGGAGCUCUGCGACCAGGUGCGCGUGCGCCUGCGCGAACUCUGCCCGCCGCGCUACAAGCUUGUGUGCAGCGUGGUGCUGGGGCCACGUGCCGGCCAGGGUGUGCACGUGGUCAGCCGCGCACUCUGGGACGUGGCCCGCGACGGCCUGGCCUCCGCCGCUUUCACCAAUGCCUCGCUCUUUGCCGUGGCCACCGUCCACGGGCUCUACUGUGAGUGAACAGGCCUCCAAGUUCUGCAAAAACGAUUUAUUGGCCCAGGAGGGGCCCCCCUGGGGCUCACAUCCCAAUAAAUAAAUGUUAAUAAAUAAAAG